AUGCCAUCAUGGACGGACACUUUCCGCAAGGCAAACACAGAUGCAGGAAAUAGGACGGGGGCUGCGUUAGUUAAAAGCCCCUACAUAAUAGUAGACCGCAACUGGUCCCAGCAUCAUCCCCGAAAGGAAGGUCGAUUGUUGACGACCAACGGCCGACUCCGAAGGCCAAACGGUUGGGCAAAUCAUGGGCCAGCAGUCGUAUGGGUUGAUAUUUCCGAUGGGGAACAUUGGAAACCGGGCCGGGCGUCGAAGGUGGAUGAUGCCACGACGACUCUCCAUUCUGAGCCCGGAGCAAGCAGGAGGACCUUGCUUAGAAACCAGCUCCGUAGGUCUGUAGAAAUGAAAGGGAGGUAUAGUUCUGCAGUGAGUGUGUAUCUAGAUAUCGGGGCUAUCAACUUGCUGGAGAUAGCUGGGAAGCCACAACUCUCUCUCUUCCCACCCCCCUCUCUCAAAUCGAUCCUUGGUUCUAAGGUUGUGUCGUUUAAGGAGAAUAAAUGCGAGGCUUGCAGCAAUGCUGCUCUGCAGAGAUUCGUGGAUCUCAAGUUGGGGGGGAGGGAAAUUCCCAAGACUUCGGUGUAUGCAGGCCGAGCAGGUGAGAACAGCCGGUUUGACCAGGCACCAAGUACAACGCAUAGAAGGAUGAUGCAUGCAUCACCACCAUCGACCCGAGAGUCUGGGAAGCGGUGA